AAAAUCGACAGAAAUCAUUAAUUGUGAAAAAAAUCUCGAGUACUGUUAAUAGUAGAGUCGUUGAUAAAUCAACAAAGUUACAACUUAUUGAUAAUCUUCCAAAAAAAGAAGAGACCAAGGUAUGGUGUUUAGAUGAUUUUGAAAUGGGAGACUCUCUUGGUGAAGGACGAUUUGGUCGCGUUUAUAUGGCAAGGGAAAAGACAAGCAUGAAGGUGGUGGCCAUCAAAGUAAUAUUCAAAAAGGAGAUUCGAGAAAAUAAUAUGGUGGAACAAUUGAGACGUGAAGUGGAGAUUCAGUCACAUUUAAGACAUCCCAACAUAUUACGCUUAUAUGGAUAUUUCCACGACAAAGAUCGCGUGUUUUUGGUUUUAGAAUUUGCUGAGAAUGGAGAAUUGUAUAAACGUCUUCAAAAUUAUGGACCUUUUACAGAACGCCAAACAGCAUGUUAUAUAUCUCAGAUCGCAGUUGCUCUUAGCUACCUACAAAAGAAAAAAGUCAUUCAUCGAGAUAUGAAGCCAGAAAAUCUUUUGUUGUCAAAUAAUGAUAUAGUAAAGGUUUCUGAUUUUGGAUGGGCAAUUCAUACAUCAGGUUUAAACCAAAGACGUACGACAUUCUGUGGUACACCUGAUUACCUGGCACCUGAGAUGAUCAUCGAGAACUUAGGUUAUGAUCAAAAAAUUGAUUCAUGGGCUCUUGGGGUGCUAUGUUACGAAUUUUUAGUUGGGAAACCCCCUUUUAUGGUUGAGGAUAUAGGUGAAACUUACAAAAAAAUUGCUACAGUAGACUAUAAAAUACCAAAUCAAAUUUCUCCAGAAGCCAAAAAUUUCAUUUCAUCAUUAUUACAAUCUGAUCCUGAGAAACGCUUGCCUCUCGAUCGUAUCGCAAUUCACCCAUGGAUUUUGAAGAACAA